AACUCACCUGCCUACCCACCCAUCCAGAGCCGCUGCCUCCUAACCAAGGCUCGCAUCGCUCCGCCGAACCCCCGCGCACUAAAAACGAAGACCACAUUCACUUCUCCUUCCUCAAGGAGCAGCGGCCAAGAAACUUCCCGACACACCGCCAACACCCAAGUUCCGACCGCGGAAGCCCACGACCCCCAUCCACGCAACCAGCAACCAACUACCACAGCGCACCUCUCCGCCGCUUCGCACACUACACAACAGCAUAACCACACACCAUGGCCUCAUCCGCCUCCAAACGCCUCUUCAAAGAAUACCGCGCCCUAUCCUCGGACCCACCAGAGGGUAUAACCGCGGGCCCCGUAAACGAAGACGACAUGUUCAUCUGGGAAGCGUUGAUCCAAGGCCCAGAAGGCACACCGUUUGAAGGCGGUGUCUUCCCCGCCGAACUGCGUUUUCCAAAAGACUAUCCGCUUGCGCCGCCCAAGAUGAAGUUUGUCACGGAUAUGUGGCAUCCGAAUGUGUAUCCGAAUGGCGAAGUCUGCAUAUCUAUUCUUCACCCGCCUGGCGACGACCCAAUGCACUACGAACAAGCGUCGGAACGAUGGUCGCCGAUUCAGAGUGUGGAGAAGAUAUUGAUUAGUGUUAUGAGCAUGUUGGCGGAGCCCAACGAUGAGAGUCCGGCGAAUGUGGAUGCCGCGCGCAUGUGGAGGGAGAAGAGGCACGAGUAUGAGAAGACUGUGAGGAAUAAUGUUAGGAAGAGUCUUGGAUUGUGAGGGCAAGGCAGAUUGGGCGCGCGCAUGAUUGUGGUUUAUGAAUGCAUGUCUUCGUGAUAGGUCAUUAAUUAACAAACUUUCCACCCCCUCUUCAUAUCUGAGUUCCAGUCUGAUAAACAAAAUGCUAAUGAAAUCGACGUGAUCCAAUCGUUCAGCAGUCUCGAAUUGUGGGCAAGUGUGCCACAGCUCAGACAACUUUUAGGCCAGUGACCUCGCCAUAGCCGUUGUACGCCACACCUCUGAAGUUCCACAGUGGACACUUUUCCUGCGUAUUACCGCUCUUGUCCGUGGCACGACUAACGACCGUCGCCUCCUUACCUUUCUCCACCUUUACUUUCGCCUUCCAUAGUGCCCACGCCCACUUGAGCUCAACAUCCUUGGCAUCUUCGUCGUCGUACGUGUUGAUUAGUUCAGCAUCGGCCCAGGAGUUUCCUCCAUCCGUGCUAACUUCAACUUUGACUAUCGGCCCGUCUGCUCCACUAGGCAGUGCAUAGCCUUUGACUUCAAUCGUACCAUCUUCUUCUUGCCGCACCGUGGACUCGGAUUUGGGGACAGCAAUGACACUAUUGACAGGCAUGUCAUGAAGUGCGUCAACUUUGCCCCAAUACUCUUCUGCCUUUUCUUUGCAAUCAGCCUCAGGAGGCAGGAUCUUGUAGUCGUGCUGUUGGUAGUAGCUAUCACUCUCGGUCAUUUGGACAGAGAUCUGAUCCAGCCAUUUUACGCUUCUCGC